UAAAGUCGUGGUUAAUAUAAUUUUAUGUAAUGUGUAAUAGUACCUAAAAUUGGUUUGUGUGACUGUAAAAAGCAUUAAUGUUUUUCUGUUGUUGUUGACUAAAUACCGUUUUGCGAUGAAAUAGCACUGUGCCAUUCAAAUAAUGGAUUUAUUUAAACAGGGAAUGAAGGGUCCAACAAGACAAGCUCCACCUGUGCCAGGAACUGGUGUGAAUCGCUACUCCCCAGUGACCAAUUGGAAUGAUGAUCCUUUUGAUUCCGAUUUAUUUGAGCCAACACCACAAUUUGCUCAGAAAAAGAAGCCACCUCCACGGCCACCACCACCCAAGGUGAACAGCAGGCAACCAGACAUCCCGGUGAAACCUUCCCACUUUAUGAGAAAGCCAACAGUUCUUACGUCACUACUAUCCAGAAAAAGCAAAACAACAGCCACCAACCAAAGUAGUCAUGUCAUUAAUACUAACCACAAUAAUUUACUAAUGGAUGGAAACUGUGAACUGGAUACUAGCAAAAUGUUUCCAAGAUGUGAACCAAAGAAUGUUCAGACUGGUGCACUGAUAGACCUGUCUUCACCUCCUAGCUCUCCCACCUUCACAACAAGAUCUAGCAGCGAUGGCCUCAGUGUUGAUAGCUUCAGUUCCGAUGCCACCACCUCCACCAAUCACCACAAUGCAUUUAAUAAUGGAAAUGCUUCGCAGGCUGAGAGUGGGUUUGAAGAUGAUUUUGAUCUCUUUCUACAUUCUAGAAAACAAAUGAAUAAAGAGGAUACUCUAGAUGAUUUUAAAGCAGUAGAUCCUUUCUCACCACCGCCAGCUUCCAAUAAGCCUCCGUUAUUAAAGAAGCCCACUUUAAGUAAAGAUCUAUUUGAAGUGUCCUGUACUCCGAGUGUACCUGUACCAACGCUCUCUGUGGGGCCUACUAUAAUAAGGGCAAAGCCGGCCCGACCCAAGCCCCCUGACAACUCUGCCUUGUUGAAGAGUUCCAUUGGAAGUCUGCCUGUCACCUCCAUGAAUCUGAACACCACCACUCCAAUUCAGAAGAUAAACAACGGGUUCGGAGAUAGCUUUGAUUCGACUCCGUUCAGUUGGGAUAGGGAGUCUCCGGAGCGGGAGGACCGCGAGAGCUCCCCGCCGAUGCCGACGAUCCCGCCGCCGCCGCCGCCCCCGGGCGCCGAGGACGAGCUAGCGGCGUGGCCCGACGAAACCGACUUCGCCUCCGAAGACUUACCCUCGGAUGAAGAACCUUACGCCAUCGCUCUGUUUGAUUACUUCACUGAUCACCCUGAGGAUUUAUGCUUCUCGGCCAAUUCAAAAAUAAGUCUAAUAAGACGAGUGGACGACGAAUGGCUGUACGGGAGGGUGCGAAGCGGGGCCUCGGGCCUGUUCCCCGCCAACUACGUGGAGGUGCGCGUGCCGCUGCGACACGCCGGCGCCGGCGCCGCGCAGGCGCAGGCGCGCGCGCUCUACGACCUGCAGCCCGAGCAGCCCGGCGACCUGCGCCUGCGCGCCGGCGACACCGUCAACGUGCUCUCCAAGCUCAACGACCAGUGGUACUUCGGCGAGUGCAAUGGACUCAGAGGACAAUUCCCCAUUAAUUAUGUGCAAAUGAGCUAGCUCGCUCUCGAUGUAUCGUUUCGGUGCUGGUAUUUCUUAAACUAGUAAUGUGAUAAAAUAUACCGUUUUAAGACUGAAGUCUACUGUAUCGCUCGAAUGAUCCGAGUGCUGCUGCUCCGGGGUGGGGAGAGGUAGGCGACAGGAACGUAGUAAAUAAUCUUGUAAAUUGAUAUUAGUGCAAUAUUGCCAUAAAUAUUUUGAUAUCUUCGGUAGGGCUAAAAUAAAAUUUUCCAGUAAAACAAAAAAGGCUGCUUGAUUUAUGUCUAUGAUGAAAAAUCAGGUAGGCUCCUGUGAAGCCAUAAGUGUACAAUUAAUUUGCGUUUUCGCACUAAUGUUGCCAUUAUAACGUAGUUGUUUAGAUUAAGCACUAAUAAGGGCACUGUA